UGUUCGUUUCGCCACUGCCGUCAGUCGCCGACACACCGUCACAGCGCGAGUUCACGGAUAGUUUACCAUCGGACCGAGAAUCGGUGUGCCAGAUCUUCACCAUACGAUCCGUGUCCAACGUGCGCUGAAAAAUACCUUUUUUUUUUUGUUUCUUUCAAUUCAUUAUUUGUUUGGUCAUUUUUCAAGUAAACAGUUUUUGCCAAAUGAUCCCACGUGCGAUAUAUUAAACCGACGAAUGAAGUCUUUAAAUUAAUGAUCAAUGAAGUUCGGUAAUGGUGUACAAGACGUGGCUAAAAAGCAGUAUAGACUAUGCUGACAAGACGCAACUGGCUACUACGACUGAGCGUCGUAUUAAACGUAGCCGUAAUCUUCUAUUUUGGGUCCCUACUGACUGUCAGAAAUGGGAACCCAGAAAUUGUGGAAGAGAUGCCGUUGUCCGGGAGAAACUUGGCUUCUUUGGACAUAUCUCAGACGGCCGAUAAAGAGUCGUUUUACUAUCAAAGCGCAUCGGGCGGCUCAAUUAAUUAUCCCGAACUAGCGUUACUGGCUAGUAUACAACCCAUUGCUGGACAACAACAAGGUUCAUCGAUCCAAACACCAGUUCAAGGAACCACUUUACGAGAUGAUAGUCAUGUAAUGCGAAUUAAACCCAAGUCCCUUCCUUCUGUUCCUGUUGAUUCCUCGGAUGUAGCAUCUGAUACUUCAAUGGGAUCAGCAGCAGCCGAAUCAUGGACUCAAGACAAAAAAGACGCAGGGCCUACACAACAACAAACGUCCACCACCACCACGGCGUCAACUACGUCCGCAGUUAACGCUGGUAGUGGGGGCGUAACGUCCUUACGGCCGCUUCGUGAACUUGUAGGGUGUAGUGACAAGUCCAACCAUAGGCGAACAGCUCAACGGGGCGAUUACUGGGUGCUAUACAACUACGUGCCGGCAAGAAGAUGGUUUAAGUGUGACGAGUCUAUCACAUAUACUACACAUGCAGACUAUACGUUCCUCGAUAACCUGGAGCCCCUUUUGGAUAGAUGGAGAGGUCCUAUUUCAAUAGCUUUGUACACGCCUGGAAAUGAUUUCUUACCCACUUUAACGGCUAUCCGAUAUUUGAGACAAUGCGGAUCGCCACUAGUGGCCGAACUGGUUACGUUCCACUUGUACUUUUCGUCAAGACACGUCCCUAAAUCAAUACCACAUUCCGAUCAAGAAAUUGACGCGACCGUAAAUUGUGCGGUGCCACCAACCUGGAAAAAUGUCACGUCCAGCUCACUAUAUAAAAGUCAGAAAAAACUAUUGUACCCAGUAAAUGUUGGCCGAAACGUUGCCCGAGAGUCAGCAACUACUCAUUACGUGCUACCCUCCGAUAUUGAGCUUUACCCAAGUCCUGGUGUCAUAGACGGAUUUAUGGAUAUGGUUCGCCGACAAGAUCCGCCUCUCAGAAGACCCAAACCUAUGGUAUUUCCGUUACCGAUAUUUGAACUGGCAUCCAAAAUGAAACUACCUGCUGACAAAAAAGAACUAGUUUCUAUGCUGAAAAAUGGUACUGCUAUCACAUUCCACAAAAAAGUCUGUCCGGACUGUCAUACAGUACCCAAAUUUAAGGAAUGGGCAAGUGCUAAGCCCAAAUCAGGAAUCAGCGUGUUUCAUACAGGCAAGCGGACCGGUUAUCAUCUACACUGGGAACCAAUUUUUAUUGGUACUCACAACGACCCCUUGUACGAUGAAAGACUGAGCUGGGAAGGCAAAAUGGACAAAAUGACCCAAGGCUACACGCUAUGUGUUUUGGAUUACGAAUUCCACAUUUUGGAUAAUGCAUUUUUAGUACACAAACCAGGUAUUAAAACAUUAAAGAAGGAUCCGGCACGACAGGUGUUGGCCAGCAAAACGUACAGUCUGGUCAAAAGAGUAAUAUUGCCCGAACUUAAAGUCUUAUAUGGCACACGAAAAGGGUGCGCUGUAUAGAAUUCAGUCCAUCGACUCCCACGUUAGAGAUCAGAUAGACUCAAUGACUGAUAAGUUAUAUUUGCGUACAUUAUGUAUACAUACAUCAGCCAGUAUGCAAUGUUCGAGUAAUUCUUUUUAUAUCCGGAUGUUGGUCAAUAUACAUUUAUUUAUAUUAUCAAACGACUCAUACCGGACGAGGGCGUCACUUCCGAUGGCAGCAGCAAAUACAAUUAUCAUUUAUAAAAGCAUCAAUUUAGUAAUAUUUAAUAUUUUUGAUCAUGUAAUCUCCUCUUAUUAAAUGAAAUUGCACGCUGCCAUGUCCGUUGGCCUUAGCUGAGAUAACAUAGUAUUUAAAAGUCAAAUAAAAUGUAUUUUUUUAUAUAAACGCCUGUAUAAAAUAGAUGCCAAUUUGUUUUAAUUUUACACAUUGUAAAGCUCUUUAAUCAAAUUAUAUGUUAUACAUUUUCUUUGUAUUAUUUCUAUUAUUAAUCGCUCAUGAUAAAAAUUAUCUUUAUAUACAUGCAUUCUCUAUGUAUAAAGUGAUAAGUGUUCAUCUAUCUUUGUAUAUUCGUUAAAUUCGAUAUUCUUUAAAUGUUCCUUGUACUAUUUUUAUUUCAUACAUGCAUAGCCAUUUACCAAAUAGUUGCAAUUUUUUAAAUUUUUAUUGAUUUCUUGGUUCUUCGGUGGUUGGGAACUUUUUCUAUGGGACAAACAAGAUCGCCUCCAAUUGCAAGCGUUUCGUUACAGUAAACUAUUUUGUUAUUUUAUUAAAUUGACAAAUAUAUAGUUUAUCGUAGUAUGCCCAAACAUCAUAAUUAAAAUAUACACAUCAAAACUUCUCCUUUAAGCCAAUUUUUAAUUUAAUUGAAUUAUUGGCUUCCAAAACGUUAGUGCUAUUCGAUGCGAUCAAAAAAAAAAUUCAUUUUUGUUAUAAUUAAUCCUCCUUGUUUGUUUAUAUAAUUAUCGCUAUUAAUUAGCUAGUUUGUGAUUUAAUUUUUAUGCCAUUCUUAAUAAAUUAACGAUUUGCCAAAUGGUAAUCAUAAUUAUAAUGUGUGUUACACGUUUUAAUGUAAGUAACAUCCACAUAUUUAUAAAUUAGUCCAAAAUGAUGCCUAAAAAAACGCAUCAAAGAAAGCAAUAAUUUAACAUUUUACAAUUAUAAGAACAACUAAUAAAAUUAUUUAAUUAUUGUUUUAAUUUUUUUAUUCUAUUUUGUUUAAUUAUAUAUUAUAUUGACAAAAGAAUUAAAUUAAUAUUACAAAAACAUUAUAUUGUACAUUUUAAAAUCAAUAUAAGUUCAUAUAUUUAUUGUGAUCUCUAGAUAUUUUGUUAAUUUGAUUUUUAUAAUGUAUUAUUAACCUAGUUGGGGACAUCGUUUCGUCAACUAUAUUAAAUUUUUUUUUUUUUCACUUUCUUAUAAAUAAAGUAGCAAAAAUCAGUGAUCCAUAAACAUUUAUUACUUUAUUUUUAUGUAAAAUUUAUUUUAAUUAAAAGACAUUAUUUUUAUGUUUUAUAUAAGCCACAUAUUUUUUUAUCUAAAUACAUAUGUUAUUACAUACUCCAGUCAAAACCAUAGCUUAUACAUGAUUAUUACCGAUUUUGUACUUAGUAACUAGAUUUAUUAUUAUAAAUAUACUAUUAAAUGAGUUAAUAAGGCUAUUAAAUAAAAAAUAUUUUGUAACUAUA